AUGACGAUAAUCAGAGUGACGCAGCAGAAAUUGUACGCUAAGUUGUCGACGUGUGAGUUCCAAAAUGAGGAAGUGAUGUUCUUAGGUCACGUGGUGAGCAAAGGAAGGAUAACCGUAGAUCCUUCUAAGAUGGAGACGGUGAUGGAAUGGAAAAGACCGACAACGGUGGUGGAAGUCAGAAGCUUCGUGGGUUUAGUUGGAUAUUACCGAAGAUUCAUUGAAGGAUUUUCCUGGAUUGCAUUACCAAUGACUAAGUUGACAAGAAAGAAUGCGCCUUUUGUUUGGACGUUGGAGUGUGAAAAGAGUUUUCAAAUUUUGAAGCAGCAAUUAACUUCAGCACCUGUUUUAAUCUUGCCGAAACCGUAUGAAUCGUUCGAAGUAUACUGUGAUGCUUCUCUGAAGGGUUUAGGUUGCGUGUUGAUCGCGUCAACUGAGACCGCAAGAGGUGAACUACCCAACUCUUGA